GGCGCCCUCUGCUGGUCUGGGUUCAGUACUGCAGGAUUUAAAUGUCGAGUCUCAGAUGAAAAGGAUCAGAUUUAACAGGAAGUACGACAUCACAUCCAACGACAGGAAGUAUGACAUCAUCACGUCCAACGACAGGAAGUACGACAUCACAUCCAACGACAGGAAGUACGACGACAUCACGUCCAACGACAGGAAGUACGACAUCAUCACGUCCAACGACAGGAAGUACGACUGUAAAUGCUCCGUGUGUCCAUGGCGCCCCCUGCGGGUAACUCGUCGCACGUGUCCGUCUUCUCUCUGCUCUGGUACGUGGACUUGGGCGUGUGGAGGUUGGUGGUUUUCUCCGUGGUGCUGCUGAGUUACCUGCUGAUCAUCGGAGCCAACGUGCUGGUGCUGGUGGUGAUCUUCUCGCAGCGUUCUCUUCACGAGCCCAUGUACGUGUUUCUGUCCUCGCUGCUGCUGAACGAGCUGAACGGAAGCGCCGGCCUCUUCCCGUUCUUCCUGGUGCAGCUUCUGCGGGACGUUCACACGGUGAACGCGACGCUCUGCUCGCUGCAGAUCUUCUGUCUCUACCUGUACGUCAACGUGCAGUUCUACAGCUUCGCCGUCAUGUCGUACGACCGUUACCUCGCCAUCUGCUGGCCGCUGCACUACGGCGCCGUCAUGAGGCCGCGCGUCGUGGCGCUGCUCGUCGUCCUCUCCUGGUGUCUGCCCGUCGCGGCCAUCGUCACCAUGACGACGCUGUCGGCCACGCUCACGUACUGCCGCCGCGCGGUGGAGCGUCUCUACUGCGAUAACUACUCCGUGGUCAAACUGUCGUGCGACAACACCGUGGUCAACAACGUGUACGGGCUCCUGUACACCUUCAUCGUGCUGUUCGGCCUCACGCUCGUCAUCCUCACGUGUUACGCUCGGAUCCUGCGCGUCUGUUUCACCAGCACCAAGCGGCGGCACAAGGCCCUGAGCACCUGCACGCCGCACCUGGCCUCGCUCCUCAACUUCUCCCUGGGCUGUUUCCUGGAGAUCAUCCAGAGCCGCCUGGACAUGACGGCGGCGCCGCUGUGGCUGCGCGUCACGCUCUCCAUGUACUUCAUCACCUUCCAGCCGCUCUUCAACCCGCUGCUCUUCGGACUCAACCUCACCAAGAUCCGCCAGGCCUGCAGACGGCUGCUGGGGGCGGGGCUCCGGGGGGCGGGGCCUGAGAGGGCGGGGCUCCGGGGGGCGGGGCCACGGCGCUCAUAA